AUGGACAAAGCAGCUGAAGUCACGUGGCAGCUGGAAGAUUCACCUGGCAAAGCAGGACAGCAAGAGCAAAGCCCUGAUGAUGGAGACAAAGCAGAAGUGCCAGGACAGAACGCACACAGCAAGGACAAGCCACCCCAGAGCCAUUCUCUCCAGUGGGAGACUCUAGGAAGACAGUUUGUGGAGUAUGAGCAGGUGGCUCCAUUUCUCAUCCCAGAGGAGCAACAGAGGAGGCUGCUGGACUUUCUUCCCCUCUUCUUAAAGGUCUGGGACGAGUCUGCUGGAGUAAUCGUAUUCCCCAACAUUCAGCUGUUAGCCAGUGAGGUUUCCAAGCUUCUGACAAAAGAAAUUAAGAAGAACCUCAAUGGCAAACCUGCAGAGGAAGCUCGUCUGGCUUUGGAGCAAUUGCUACAACAGAAAGGGGAAACGGAAGAUGGCCAUUUGCUCCUGAAAUCAGUGUAUCUGCUCUCACAGACUGACAUGAGAACUAUGUGGAACAUCAUUGGAUCUGGCCUUCCAGCUGCUCUGAUGCAGUGCCUGUACCUUUUCUUUACUUUUCCUCUGAAGAAAACCAGUGAUGAUGAAAAGACAAGUGAGGAUGACACUCAAACUCAGGAAAUGCUUGUUAAGAUAAUGAUUAACAUGUACAGAGAGGAACAAGGUGUAGAGGAACUUCUGGCAGCUGAUAAGCUUCAGUCAUUAAUUAUAGCAACUGCUUCGCUCUGGGACCAGUGUAGCCACUCAUGGAAAGUACCUGCAGGCCGUGUGCUGAGAACAAUUUCAAAGGCUCAGACGAAAAACAGCAUUGUGUACCUACAAGCUGUGGACUGCAUUAAAAUAGCUAUUCAGAAUCUUUUUAAACUGACUGAUACUCUACCUGCUUGUGAUGUGUGUGAAGCUGCUAGUAUUGUCUUGUGCUUUGUGAAAGAUUCCUAUCCCAUAUCAUCAGCUUUAUUAACAGAGUUUGAAAAUAAUGAUGGCUAUCAACUCCUGCUAAAAAUUUUACUCAGAUGUGAGGGGUUGCAGCAAAAUGGAGACCCUUAUCUGGAUGAGAUCUUGGACAUGCUGACGUGCCUUACAACCUGCGGAAAAAAUGAACUGAAAGUUUCUGGCAAUAUUGUACACCCGCAAUUACCGCACUUCAAUUUUGAACAGACACGGUCUUCUGGAAUGACAGUGAAAAACCUCCAGGCCUUUCAGGUGUUGCAGUCUGUUUUCCAGAAAAGUAAUGAUCAGCACCUGUGCAGAAGAAUCUUGGGAGCAAUUGGCACCAUAUGGGCCUGGGACACAGUCAACUUCUUUCUUCUGGAAUGGACACUACAACCUAUCAACCAGUUUACUGACAUAAUCAAUUUCAAACCACACCCAGUCCAAGUCCAGUUCUUUAGACUGGUGGAGUCUAUAGUGCUAGACCUAUCCUAUGUGCCCCAUGAAAUUUUGAAGAAGGUUCAGUAUUUGAUAAAGGAAAACGUAGUGCCAUUUUGCACCUUAACAGCUCUCAGGUGCCUUCUCAGCAUGACCAAGAAGGACCUGUUAUUCAGCGACAUAUUCCGUGACUCUGGGCUCUUAGGGCUACUGCUGGCACAUUUGAGGAAGCAAGCCAAGAUCCUGAGGAAGUCAGCUGGAACUCAUCUGCCUGGUCUGGAAGAAGGCACUGAGAAGGAAUUAAAUGCUGUGAUGCUGAAGAUGGUGGCUGCCCUUACAGUGGGGUCUGUGAGGAACGCUGUUGUUCUGAAGGACUAUGGAAUGGUGCCAUAUAUCAAGAUCUUUCUGGAUGAGGAGUGCUACAGGAGUGCUACUCUCAGCAUCUUGGAGCAGCUAUCAGUCAUCAACUAUGAAGAAUAUAUGAGCAUUAUUAUUGGGGCCCUCUGUUCUUCUACUCAAGGAGAGUUACAUCUGAAACUAGAUCUGCUGAAGUCACUCCUGAGGAUACUGGAGAGUCCCAAGAGCCAUUCAGCUUUCAGAACCUGCAGUGGAUUCAAUGGACUCUUAUCCCUUCUCUCAGACAUGGAAGGUGCAUUGCAGGAUCCUCCAUCUGGGCUGUGGGCAGCAGUUGGACAGAACUGCAUAUUGGAGCUUGUUUUCUACACGCUUCAGGGGAUAACAGCAGCCCUGCACCUGGACCCUGUUAACAGCAACUUCUUCCAGAGGAACGGUCUGUUUGAGAAGAUGGCAGAGGAUCUUGAGUCACUUGGAUGUUUCUGGACACAAGGGGAACGGCAAAUCCCUCUGAGCCUUGAGAAGACAAGGACAUUUGCAGAAUUCUUGGAUGCAGCUUUCUGCUCUUCUGAACCUUUUCCAAUGUGGCUAAAGAACUGCAUAUGGAUUCUGAAUUUUCUUGAUCAUAUGGUCAAAGGAACCCUCCAUCUAGAGAGCUACUUUAAGGAGAGAAAGCCAGAGAUGGGAGAGGCAUCAAGAGAUGAUCAGGAGGGACCCCAAGGUCAAGAAGAAAGACCAGGCAACAAAUUACCUAUCUCUGCCUAUAGGCUAUGGGGGAGUCCUGAAGAGAAGUGGGAAAAGAGAGACUGUGUCAUUGUACAUCCAGGUGCUGUCUGUGUUAUGGUGAGGUUGCUGCCAAAGCUGUACAAAGAGGGACAUUCUCAGCUUUCACAGGAAAUCCAAUGUGCUGUGGUUGAUCAUAUCCAGUCCCUGGUGAAGACAGAGAAGAGUCGCCAGGUGAUGUGUGGAUCUGGCUUGCUGAGCACCAUCCUUACUUCCUGUCAGGAUGCCUUCCACAAUGAAAGCCAUCCACUGCAUCUGCCCCUCACUAGAGUAUUUGAGAAGCUUGCAUCACAGGCUAUUGAGCCCAAUGUGUUAAGCAGCUCUCCUUGGGUGUCUAAGGGAUCGGCAUUGGCACUCCAGACUGCAAUGAGUCUCAUUUCCAUGACAUCACCUCGAAACUUCCAGCUCCACAGCACUGCUUUGGCCCCAUCGUUUGUGGAGUUUGACAUGGCUAUGGAAGGAUACGGGUGUUUAUACCUCCCUACCUUGGCCACUGUCAUGGGACCCAGUGCAGAGCAGUCUGUCUCAGGAGGAAUUGGCAUGGGCACCAGAAUGUUCCCUCCCUCCAGUGGCCUGACUCUCUCCUGCUGGUUUCUGGUUAGCAAGUUUGGUUUGGUGCACAACAGUCACCCGCUUCGUUUCCUUACGGUCGUGAGGCACAUGUCAAGAACAGAGCAAGAAUUUAUUUGCUUUUCAGUUAGCUUCUUUCCGCAGGACCAUUCCUUGGUCAUUUCCACAGAAGAAGUGGAAUUCCAGCCACUCGAUAUCAUGGAACCUGAGGGUGAGGUCCUAACUACCUCCCCAUUUCCAGGGCAAGUUCAGUUUGGCUGUGGCAAGCUCCUAGUCACUGGCCAGUGGCAUCAUCUCGCAGUGACAGUCGCUAAGGAAGCAAAGAAGAACUGCAUUGUAUCAGCUUAUAUAAAUGGUCAGAUGCUUGGCUCUGCAAAGAUGCAGUAUCUCCAACCUUUGCCAGGUAGCUGUAUUUCCAUGGAACCCUCUUCCUUUGUUGAUGUCUAUGGGUACAUAGCUACUCCUCGAAUAUGGAAACAGAAGUCGUCCUUGACCUGGCGCCUUGGCCCUACAUACUUGUUUGAAGAAGCUAUCUCUGUGGAAACCAUGGAUGUGAUUAAUAAGCUCGGCCCACAGUAUUGUAGCAAUUUCCAAGCAGUACAGCUUCAAGGUGAGGACAAGUACAGUGAUCAUAAUCCUACACCUCUGGUGGCGGAAGAUAAGAUUUCUUUUGGAAUCAAUGCCAUGUGUUCAUCUUUCACUACGGUCCAAGAUAUAAAGAGCUCCUACAAUGAAGUGGAUGGCCGUCUGGUUGCCAAAGAGAUUGGGAUUAACUCGCGGGACAGUUCAACUCCGAUAUUCCUAGCUAAGAAUAUUGCUGGACACCUCUCAGGUUCCUUGCGGACUAUUGGGUCAGUUGCUGUGGGCCAAUAUGGGGUAAGAGUGUUCCAGUCCUCUCCAGCAGCUACUAGCCUGAACUUCAUUGGAGGCCCUGCCAUUCUCCUGGGUCUCAUUGCUAUGGCCUGUGAUGACCACACCAUGUAUGCAGCUGUCAAAGUCCUGAACUCUAUCCUGAACAGCAGUCCAAUGAGUGAAAAAUUGAUGAGGCACAUCCAUGGAUACCAGUUACUGACCUAUCUACUGAAGAGGAAGACACAGCUGCUAAACAACAGGAUUUUACAGUUAAUGUUCUCCCUGGUGGGCACAGCUGAGCUUGGCUUUGAGUCUUCAGUCAUCAAGAAUUACAGUGCGUUCCAGUAUGUUCUCUGCAACUUCGAGCUUUGGAUGAGAGCACCAGAAAAUCUUGACCUUGCUCUUUUUUCACAUCUUGUGGAGAUCUUGCAGUCCUCCAGAGAUAGAUGUCAGAAUGCUGCAAUUGCCUACCAGGUGCAAAUGGUGCCCAAGCUCAUCUUCCUCUUCAAUGAUCCUGAAAUCAGUAACUCCAGGAUCACUGUGGCCUGCACUAUUCUCUCCCAUCUCUUGCAAGGAUAUUUUAAUACAAGAGAUGUUCUCAGGAUUGGCUUGUUCCUUGUUUACACUUUGAAACCUUCUUCUGUGGAUGAAAAUCAGAUUUGCGUGGACAGUGUGGCUGAGAUGCCCAAUGAAGCCUUAAGCCAAACAUCUGGAAAGACAAUCUGGCUUCGAAACCAGUUACUGAAAAUGCUGUUAGAUGUAAUGUACUCAGACAAACUUCAACUGUCCUCUGAGGAACAAGAGGAGACAUUUUUGGCGCUGGGGCCAGACUGGUUUCUGCUGUUUACACAGAGCUACUUGCACUCUAGCACAGUUGUGCUAGGAAUCAGACUACUUCUAUGCUUCCUCCACAAUCGUUCUCUGCUGAAAAAAUUCAAGGAGGGGAUAGUGGCUGGGCGCUGGCUGGAAAACAGCUCUGCGGGGCUGAGUAUUCUAAUGGAUAAUUUAAAAACUCAUCCUCCAGUGCCUGACAAUGGCUCCUUCUUGAUUUUUGGAUUUUCUGUGUUGCAAAGAUGUUUGACUGAUCAUGUUCACAUCCCUGAGAUCUACUUGCUCGUGGCAGGGCUUUUUCUGGCAACUCCGCAGUCUGAACCACCUGAGGCAGCCAAGAAAGAUCUUGAGUGUAUGUUGCAGUGGAUCUUGCAGCACCACCUGACAGAGAAUGUCCUCAAAAUUGGGUUGUGUGCCGAGGCAGCUGCUUUACUGCUGGAAAUGGUUAGAGUCACUGUGGAUAAGCCUAUUGCAGAUACAGAAGCCUCCUGGGAGAUUUCCUAUCCAGGGAAUGUUAUCCAGUUUCUGUGCUUGAUCUAUCAGAGUUAUACCCAGGACCCCAUGUGGCACUGUCCUGACUUCUUGAAAACUUUGGCUAUGGUUGCUUUCCAUUCUGGACCACCUAAGGCUUCUCCAGAGGAUGCCACCAGUGAGCAGAAGAGACAUUUUCAGACAAAAGUUUUGCUGUCUGCUAUGGAUGUCUUCCAUGUUACCAGCCAAGGCGAGGGCAAAACAAGACCAAGAGGGAGCAGUGAUCCUCAUGGCACUUCAGAAUCAACUGCACCUGUAUCCAUGACAAAUAUUGCUUAUUUUGCUCAGAAGCUGGUUGAGAAGCUGAACAGCAGAAUGUUUGUUGCUGACUCCAAGCAAAUCCUGAUCUUCACAGCCAGACAGAUUAUGAGGGUCUUAGAAAGCUCCGUUUCUCAAAAGGAAGUUUUCCUCAGUGUCCUGUACAGCUGUCUAAACAGAGCCAUCCUAUACUGCCUAUCCAGACCACAACAGUCGCUGCCUGAACAGUUUAAUGUCCUGAACACUCUCAAUGCCCUACAGGAGCAUUGGGACGUUAUUUUUGCAACUUACAACUCAAUUAAUAAUUUUGUCGUCUGCCUAAUGUACUGCCUUUGCCAGCUGAAUUUGGGCAGCUACCCAGAAGGUUUUGGGGUGGAUGCAAAACCGAAGCUAGCUUCGUAUCACCAAAUUUUCCUCGCACCCAGUGAAGAGGAAAAGGGCAGCCUGCCUACUCCAAACGAUGGUAACUUAUGGCACGAGAUUCUGAGAACAGUAGAAAUCAUCUGGAAGCAGCUCCUUUCUCAGAGGCGGCAGGCGCUGGAGGACACUUACAAGAUGGAUCUUUCGGUAAAAGGAAAUGACAAAGAACGGGACAUGAAGAUAAUGGAGAUCACGCCUUUAUGGGAAGAAAUUAUGACAAAAGCUUGGCAACACUUCAUAGCAUCUGAAAAGAAACUUCUCCAGAAUAAAGCAGGGCCAGGCCUGUCACAGAGCAAGCACAAUUCCUGGAGUGAAAGCCUCUCUACAGCUAUUAGAUUGAUGCCUGGCCGAAACACAAAGGAAACAACGUGCAAAUCUGAGGGAUUUGUGUCAUGUAUGGAACGGUACCGAAGAAUUGGGCAGGAGCUGUAUGCCUCUUUGUACAAGAACCACAUACAGAUGCUGCAGUGUGGUUACAGCAAAGCAGCCAAAGACUGGAUGAUACUUGAGGAACAACUUUUCUACAGAAGGGGCCCAUGGGGAGAUGCAUCACGAUCCUUAGAGCCACGAUGGAUUCUUGAUUGUUAUGAAGGGCCUUCACGAAUGAGGAGGAGGAUUCGGCAUGAGAACACCAGAGCAACAAUGGUGCGAAUGAAGAGUGAGGUUCUCCUAGCAAACAGAAAUGAAACAACCACCCCUUCUGAAGUGAAUCCAGGAGAGCUGACAUUAAAUGGAGCAGAAAGAGAGACGGAUAAGAAGGGAUCAGAUUGUAACCAGCUAACGUUCUUCCCUGCUCUACAUGAAAGUUUCCAUUCAGAAGACUUCUUGGAACUGUGUGUGGAGAGACAAAUUAUAUUGCAGGAAUUUGCAGAGUGUGAAAUGGUCACAUUCAAGUGCUCUGUGGCAGUUGUGCAAGGGCACACAGCAUUGGAAGGAGUGCUGCUCUUUGGUAAAGAGCACUUUUACAUCUGUGAGUGCUUUGUGUUAUCCCCUCUAGAAGAAGUCUACUGUACACGUCACUGCUUAUCCAGCAUCAGUGAUCCAUUUAUUUUCAACUUAUGUCAUAAAGAUCAUGCUGUGGGAGAUCAGAUGUGUUCCCGUUAUUCAUAUCGUGAUAUAAAAGAGAUUCAUCUGAUGCGCUAUCUUCUGCAGGAGAUCGCCUUGGAAAUAUUCUUCAAAAAUGGUUACUCCAGAUUUCUUGUCUUCCAUGACAGUGACCGAAAUAAGAUAUUUAAAAGGUUUUGCUCUUUCCAACCUGCUUUAAAGUCAAAGGGGAUAACAGAAGAGUCCCUGAAUAUAAGGAAACACUCAGGAGGGGAGAAGACAAUGCUCCAGAAGUGGCAGAAAAGGGAGAUCAGCAACUUCGAUUACCUCAUGUACCUGAACACAUUGGCUGGCCGCAGCUACAAUGAUUACAUGCAGUAUCCUGUGUUUCCAUGGGUCCUUGCUGACUACCACUCUGAGACUCUAAAUCUUACUAAUCCUCAUACAUUUCGGGACCUGUCAAAGCCCAUGGGAGCACAGACUGUGGAGAGGAAACGCAAGUUCAUCCAGCGCUACAAUGAGGUGGAGAAGAGUGAGGGAGACCUGUCAGCCCAGUGCCAUUACUGCACUCACUAUUCAUCAGCAAUUAUAGUGGCAUCUUACCUGGUCCGAAUGGAGCCGUUUACCCAGACCUUCUGUUCUCUGCAGGGCGGGAGUUUUGAUGUUGCAGACAGGAUGUUUCACAGUGUCAAGAGCACAUGGGAAUCGGCAUCAAGGGACAAUAUGAGUGAUGUCAGGGAACUCAUUCCUGAAUUCUUUUACUUGCCAGAGUUCCUAACCAAUGCAAAUCGCUUUGAACUUGGCUGCAUGCAGGAUGGAACAGUGCUGGGAGAUGUGCAGCUUCCUCCUUGGGCAGAUGGGGACCCCCAUAAAUUCAUUCUUCUGCACAGACAGGCAUUGGAAAGUGACUAUGUCAGUGCACACCUCCAUCGCUGGAUAGACCUGAUUUUUGGCCACAGGCAACAUGGCUCAGCUGCAGUGGAGGCAGUUAACACCUAUCAUCCUUACUUCUACGGAGACAAGAUGGACCUCAACAACAUUAAAGAUCCUCUGAUUAAAAGCACUAUCCUGGGUUUUAUCAGCAACUUCGGACAGAUACCAAAGCAGCUCUUCACGAAACCACAUCCAUCCAGGAAUGUCCAAGGGAAAAGUUCAUCAAAAAGAGAGACUGUGCUGUCCCUUCACUCAAGUGGAAUUCUUCCUCCUUUUAUGAGCAGCCUGCAAAAUUUGAAGCUCUCACCAGUUACAAUAAAAGAAUUAACUAUGUUUUUUGUCUUGUCAGACUAUCCCAAGGGAGCUAUUGGGCACAUUGUUCAUACUGAGAAAGGCAUUCUGGCUGUUGAAAAAAAUAAAGUGUUGAUUCCUCCUCUUUGGAGCAAAACAUUCUGCUGGGGAUUUGAGGACUUCACCUGCUGCUUCGGCAACUAUGGGUCUGAGAAGAAUGUGACUACGUUUGAGUGCAUGGCAGACUGGGGAAAGUGCCUCUGUGCUGUAUGUCCUUCAGCAACUACCAUAAUCACAUCUGGAACAAGCUCAGUUGUGUGUGUUUGGGAACUCUCCUUGGUCAAGGACAAAGUGAAAAGUCUAAACUUGAGACAGGCUUUGUAUGGGCACACUCAGGCAGUGACCUGCCUUGCUGCAUCUGUGACCUACAGCAUCUUUGUGAGCGGAUCCGAUGACAGAACCUGCAUCAUUUGGGACCUGAACCAGCUGACGUACAUAAACCAGCUUCCUGCCCACAGGGCCAGCCUCUGUUCUGUUGCCAUCAACAAUUCAACAGGUGAUAUUAUCUCUUGUGCUGGAUCUCGCCUGUAUCUGUGGACAGUCAAUGGUCAACUUCUUGCAAGCAUUAACACCACCUGCAGCCCCAACAGCCAUAUUCUUUGCUGCUGCUUUGCUGAAGUGAUGGACUGGGACACACGCAGCAUCAUCAUCACAGGAAGCACAGAUGGAGUGGUGAGGCUGUGGAAGACCGAAUACACCAACACCCCAGACCAAGCUGCUGGACUGAGGCUGCCAAGAGGUACAAUGGAAGAGCCAGGCAACACAGGUAACAAGUGUGGAAAACAUCUUGUUCUCUGUCGGGAACUGAAUCCCAGCCUUGCCUUGACUGGAAAACCGAGUAAGACCAGCCCAGCGGUGACGGCCCUGGCUGUUUCCAGAAAUUCCUCCAAACUCUUAGUCGGUGAUGACUGGGGAAGAGUCUGCUGCUGGUCUGUGGAUGGGUAGGAAGAAAUAGCCAAGAACUCUUGUUUUUUCAGCAUUUUGGAAGGAGAGAAUAUUACCCUUCAGAGCAUGAAAGAAUCAGAAAAACUGGAAGCCUAUGAUUGGGGACUGAAUCUCAAAUGAAUUGUUGGACUGACCCUACAGUCAAGUCUGAUUGAAAUUGGAGAAUGGACUCCAGAGUUGUGAGAGAGACAUUGACAGACAUGCACAUAGACAAUGAGAUUUUGCAGUAUUUGUCCUGGAAAAACUUUUGUAUUUUAAAUGAUAUUUUAGAUACUGAAUUUGACAUAAUACAUUGUAUUUCAUAAAUAAUAGCUAGCAAAUAAA